AUGCAUAAAUUAAGAUAAUUACAAGAAAAAGAAAUUCAAUGUCACCCAACUUAAAAAGUCUUUGUACCUUUCAUUUAAGAACGAGAUUCUUUAGGUAAACUGCAAACAAAUCACAAAAGAAAUACUUCGCAAAAAUCAACAUUGAAAAAGAAAUCUAAUACAAAGAAACUUACAAAUAGUAAAAGUGAACAUACAAAAUCAAAAAUUAAUUUUUUAAAAGAUGUUUACACCAUAAAUCAUAAUACGGAAUGGGCCAAUUUGACUAAUAUUUCUAGAUUGGAAAAAAAAUUUAAUUUGAGAAUUCAGACUGAAUUUGUUUUGUAGAAACCACUUACAUUUUUAAAUUCAAAACUAUAGUUGAAUGGUGGUUUCGUCUAACAUAGAGCAAACACUUAAUUAAAUAAUUCGCCAAAGCUUGGAAAAAAUCUUUGCAUGAACUCUGUACCUCCAAUUGGGUAUUAUUAACCUAAAGAUUUGCCAAUUAAAAAAUAGCCAAUGUUUGUUAAAAUGAAUUUAUAGCAGGAUACUAAUAGAUAGACAAAAAAGGUUUUAAAAACAGAAUGCUCAUCAACAAUAUCGAUUCCUAAAUUAGAAUUCUCUAAUAUCAGAAUUUUAAACAAAAUUCCUUAAGAAUUAUUUGAAAAAGCGUAUUUAACAGAGAGAUUGUCUACAGAACACAAAUUCAGAUACACUCCUUUACAUUUUGAUAACGAAGAAAUAGAACAAUAAGAGUAUAAGAUAAAUUAAUUAAGAUAAAUUUAUAAAGUUAUGAAAAACAGUAUUUCUUGA